AUGCUGCUCUCUGUGCCGCCAAGGACAGGAAUCAACCCGUACAACGGCUACACCGGCAAAAACAACAAGAAGCAGACGUAUGUGUCCCCUUCCAACCAUCAGAUGGCUCCUCCAAGCCCCAACAACAACAACAACAGCAGCAGCAACACCAUCAGCAAUGGCAGUGGCAGCAGCGGCGGCAGCAGCGGGGGAGAGCAGCUGAGCAAAACGAACCUGUACAUCCGUGGCCUCCACCCAGGAACCACAGACCAGGAUCUGGUCAAACUCUGUCAGCCGUAUGGGAAGAUCGUAUCCACCAAGGCCAUCCUGGACAAGACUACUAACAAGUGCAAAGGCUAUGGCUUUGUUGACUUUGACAGUCCGGCGUCAGCUCAGAAGGCAGUGACAGCGCUGAAGGCGGGUGGAGUGCAGGCUCAGAUGGCCAAGCAACAGGAGCAGGACCCCACCAACCUAUACAUCUCCAACCUGCCGCUGUCCAUGGACGAGCAGGAGCUGGAGAACAUGCUGAAGCCCUUCAGCCAGGCUAUUUCCACACGCAUCCUCCGCGAUGCCAACGGAACCAGCCGAGGAGUCGGCUUUGCCAGGAUGGAGUCAACAGAGAAAUGUGAGGCCAUCAUCCAACAUUUCAAUGGAAAAUAUAUCAAGACUCCACCUGGAGUUCCAGUGCCUCCAGAACCCUUGUUGUGCAAAUUUGCGGAUGGAGGCCAGAAGAAGCGUCAGAGCCAAGGAAAAUAUCUGCAGAACGGCCGGCCCUGGACAAGAGAUGGGGAGACUGGAGGAAUGACCCUUACCUAUGACCCCACCACAUCCUUACAGAACGGAUUCUACUCCUCUCCGUACAGCAUUGCCCCCAACCGGAUGAUCGGACCCACCUCCCUCUCCCCAUACAUGCAUUCACCUGUGUCCACCUACCAGGUGCACAACCCGUCCUGGAUACAUCACCAGUCGUACAUCAUGCCGCCCACAGGAGCAGUCCUGACGCCAGGAAUGGACCACACCAUGUCCAUCCAGCCGACCUCGAUGAUGGGGCCCCUGACACAGCAGCUCAGCCACCUCUCCAUGGGCAGCAGUGGCACAUAUAUGCCUGCAAACACAUCUAUGCAGGGGACCUACAUCCCCCAGUACACCCAAGUGCCUGCCACCAACAUCUCAGUCGAGGAAAGUGCCGUCCAACAACCUGUUGCCAUAGAGACACCCACAGAACACACAGCCUACUCCUACCAGCAUAACAAGUGAAGAGGUGGCAGAGAUCUUCCUCUGGAGCUGGAGUGACUCUCAAAGGGCCCAAGUGCUGAAACUCGGCACAGUGACUCUGCACGUAAGGCACCAGACACUCGGGAGGAACAUGUACUGUUACACAGAAAGGACAUUUAAAAAAAAAAAGAAAAAAAAAAAGAUAUUUUCUACAAACUCAUAUUUUAAAACAAAACUCUUUUACUCCAAACAAGCAAGGCUGGAGGAUGGCAGGCGAUGGGAAAUGGAAGAACAGGACAAGGAGUGUCUAUUUUGAUAACAGUCACACACACACACACACAUUACACAUGUUACAAAGGUUUAUUUGAACUUUAUUCUUUUCUAAUACUACUCCGGGGAGCUAGAAUGAAACCAGGAAAAGAACAUUUCAACAGUCAUGUUUUGUUUUGACCUUUUUUAAGAUGUGCUGAUUUUACUUCUCUCUUUUUUUCAGUCUGAUUCUUUCAGGCUUUGAACCUGCCUUUUUGUACAUAAUUCUUUGUUUUGGUGUGUUACUAGCUUCACGUGUUGUAGUUUGAUUUAUUGGUGCAAAUAUUUGAAUACAGAAGGCUCAAAAAAAACACAAGCUGAAGUCAUUCAAAAAAGCAGGCGACAUGGUGCUGACUUGGAUUAGCUUCUCUUGAAGUGGCAGCGAGUUUUUCGGGUAUGAAACUUUACCUGAAGUGGUCUCACUUCUUUUUGGCACUUGACUCUCAAAUAAUUUAUAGUUCCAACAAUCUCGACAAAGCUUCAGACAAUCAGAGGAUUACAAAGAAGAGAAAAUUUAGAGAUGGCGGUCAUUAAUGACGGAUUUCGCAGAGAAGACGCCUUUAAACGAGCUAAGUAGAUUUAAAGCAUUCCAGAGAUUAUUAUCAAAACGUUCUAAAUAUUGGUUUGAGCUGCUCCACUUGAUGAAAUCCAAAGUUGUUCAACAGGGAUCACAUCUCAUACAGAGCUGCCUGUAAAUAAGAGAUUUAAAUUUAUUUAGGCUUUCUUUUGAUUUUCAGUGUAGUAACGCUUCAGUGAUUUUAAUAACAACAUUAUACCAAAUUGUCUGAACAAAGCUAGUAUCUCUGUUUUUUCCUCAUGUCCCUUUUAUAAAAUGGGAAGCUGAAUUUCCACUGACAUCCCACAAAUGUAUUUUCUGACUCAGACUAAGGUGUUGUUAUUAGAGUAUGAAGUUCUUAUUACAUAGACAUGGAAAUCAACUUGUAAAGCGUGGCUCUGCCCUGUUUUAUCUUGUGAAAACACUAUCAACGUGGAUUAUUCUGGCCAGUAGAGAGAUUCUUUAAUACCGGCCAUUGCUGUGUGUUUGCUUCCGCAUUUUCGUUUUUCACCCUCAUGUUUCUUUGUUUUUUUACA